AUGUCACUGUCAUCCAAGAAAACCAUCACCGAUCUCCCAGCAGGAGAGAUCAAAGGGAAGCGAGUGCUGAUUCGGGUGGACUUCAACGUCCCACAGGACAAGACCUCCGGCCAGAUCACCAAUAAUGCCCGGAUUGUCGCCGCCCUCCCUACGAUCAAAUACGUCAUCGAACACGGCUGCCAAGCUGUCAUCCUUUGCAGCCACCUCGGCCGCCCCAACGGCGCCCCCAACUCGAAAUACACCCUCCGCCCCGUGGCCGAGGAGCUCCAAAAAGUGCUGGGAAAGGAUGUCACUUUCAUUGAUGAAUGUGUUGGACCCAAGGUAGAAGAGAAGGUCGGGGCAGGGAAAAAUGGACAAGUGUUCCUGCUCGAGAACCUUCGAUUCCAUUUGGAGGAGGAAGGCUCGAAGAAGGAUGAUGUGACUGGAGAGAAGACCAAGGCUAGUCCGGAGGCCGUCGAUGGCUUCCGAUCAUCCUUAACCAAGCUUGCCGACCUUUACAUCAACGAUGCUUUCGGGACCGCCCAUCGGGCCCACUCCUCAGUGGUCGGAUUCAAGGGCGAGCCUAGACUGGCUGGCUUCUUGAUGAAGAAAGAGUUGGAAUUCUUCAGCAAGGUAUUAGAGAAACCAGAGCCGCCUUUCUUGGCUAUCCUAGGUGGCGCUAAGAUUUCCGAUAAGAUCCAAUUGAUCGAGAAUUUACUUGAUAAGGUAAACAAGUUGAUCGUUUGCGGAGGGAUGGCCUUCACAUUCAAGAAGAUCAUCAACUCGGUCGAGAUAGGGAACUCGCUCUUUGACGAAGAUGGGAGCAAGAAGGUGCACGACUUGGUAGCCAAGGCGAAAAAGAACAAGGUCGAAUUGAUCUUCCCCAUCGACUAUAUCUGCGGUGAUAAGUUCGACAAGGAUGCUGCACGAAAGACGGUGACUGAUGCCGAAGGUGUUCCCAAGGGAUGGAUGGGCCUUGAUGCUGGUCCGGCCAGUCGAGAAGAAUUCAAGAAAGCUAUUCUCAGCUCCAAGACCAUUCUCUGGAAUGGCCCCGCCGGUGUUUUCGAGUUCGACAACUUUGCCGAAGGCUCGAAGGCCAUGCUAGACUCUUGCAUUGAAGCUUGUGAAAAGGGUGCUACGGUGAUCGUAGGAGGUGGAGAUACCGCUACUGUCUGCAAAAAGUAUGGUGCUGAAGACAAGCUGUCUCAUGUCAGUACCGGAGGAGGCGCCAGUCUUGAGCUUCUAGAGGGAAAGAACCUACCUGGUGUGGCCAACUUGAGCUCAGCCCACCACCCGCGAUCCAGUGUCUUGUGA